AUGUUCAACAUAAACAAACUAUGUCUGUUUUCCUGUCUGUGCGUUAUUGUUGUUAUUGUCCUCUAUUUUCAAUCAGAAAUCGCACGUUUAGAGGACAAUUAUAGGAAACUGGAGUUUAGGUUGGUGCAAACUCACUCGGAAUCUCGCCAGUUUUUCCCAAAACCUCAAGAAAAAAAUGACGAUGACACGGUAGUGAUAUACAAUAGGGUCCCGAAGACGGGAUCGACGAGUUUCGUGGGUGUAGCGUACGAUUUAUGUAAGAAGAACAACUUUAAGGUGUUACAUAUCAACAUAACUGCCAAUCGACAUAUCAUGUCCCUCAAUAAUCAGUAUAAGUUCGCGCAGAAUGUUACUAAGUGGGAUGAGGUAAAGCCGGCACUCUACCAUGGUCAUAUGGCUUUUCUAAACUUUGAUCGGUUGGGUGCCUCCUCAAAGCCUAUAUUUAUAAACUUAAUUAGAAGACCCCUAGACAGACUAGUGUCUUACUACUAUUUCUUAAGGAACGGUGAUAAUUAUAGACCACAUUUGGUUCGGAAAAAACAUGGUGACAAAAUGACGUUCGACGAAUGCGUCGAGAGAGGGCAGUCGGAUUGCGACCCUAAUAACAUGUGGCUACAAGUGCCAUUUUUCUGUGGGCACGCCGCCGAGUGCUGGGAACCCGGCAACCAAUGGGCAUUAGACGAAGCGAAACGCAAUCUAGUCAAUCACUACUUACUGGUAGGUGUUACAGAACAAAUGCUCGACUUUAUAACAGUGCUAGAGGCUACCUUACCUCGCUUCUUCAAAGGAGCGACAGAAUACUACCUAAACAGCAACAAAUCACAUCUUCGACAAACCAGCUCAAAAAUAGACCCUAAUCUCCUAACAAUAGAGAAGAUACAGCAAUCAGCUAUUUGGAAAAUGGAAAAUGAAUUAUACGAAUUUGCCCUAGAACAUUUUAACUUUGUUAAAAGAAAGUUACUAGUGAAAGAAGCGAAUAAUGUAGCUCAAAUAUACUUCUAUGAGAAGAUACGGCCUAAAUGA